GUCAGUUGGCGCUCGCUCUGAUCUCUGCCCGUCAGUACUGAGCUGUUGCUGCCGCCUGGGCUUUUCGUGCUGCCUGCUCUGGAGCGCCAAUCCCAGCAGGAUGAGCACUGCUGCUCCAGUGGAGACUGCCAGAGACACGGUGGAGUGGAUGCAAGUGGACAUGGUGCUAGGUGAGGAAGAAAGGAUGGAGGUGGAUGUGGAAGAGCAAGUUGAGGAGAUGGAAGUGGACAUGGAGGAUAACAUCGAGGAGAUGGAAGUUGAUGAGGAGGAUGACAUCGAGGCGAUGGAAGUGGAUGAGAAGGAUGAGGAGGAGCCCAUGGUCCUUGGAUGAAGAUGGAGCUUCACAAGACUGAUGGAGAUGAUGGCUGUAGAUAUUACGCCUCUAUAUAUAUGUUUGAAAACUUAGAAGAUUUCUGUAAAUAUGUUCACCUUAGUACUUCACUGUAAAUAUGUUUUGAAGAUUGUUAGUCCCUAGGAUCCCAUGUAAAUCAAUCCUGUAGAUUGGUAUUGGUUUUGUUGUUGUUGUUAUAAGGAUUGUUGUAAUGAAAAGUGUUCUUUAAAUCCCAGAGUUUGGCAAUCUUUGGCAAAUAAAUACUGCUUCUUUUUAAAACCUCACUUCUCUUUGCCAUUCCUAUG